CUCGGAUUAAACCACGGUAAUUCCCUAUAGUUAUAAAAUGGGUACUUUAAUACAUAAAAAGAAAAAAAAAUACUUGUAGUAGACAAGAAGAAAAGGAGCAACACCCACACACACAUGUAACCCGUUACCUGAUCAGCAUACCCAUCCCCCGUCGCGCGACGCCAACGAUCCCCUCAAUCAGUCGUCGCCCGACGCCGCGCUCACUAACGAAGCAUACCGGCAGGAGGAUCAUGUCUCGCAAAGCUAACUAUGGAUAUGAUUACGAUGAUUAUGACGAUGAUGACUAUGAAGAUUAUGAGUAUGAUGAUGAGGAGGAUGGUGCUGUUGUCCAGGAACAACAUGGUGAGGAAGCAGUAGUGAAUCAAAAAGGAGUUCCUGGGAUUUGGCGGUGCUCUAUAUGCACCUAUGAUAACGACGAGACUAUGACCUAUUGUGAAAUAUGUGGUGUUCUUCGAUAUCCUCCAACCAAAAGUGGCAACAGUAUUGAUAAGACAUCAGUUGGUGGCACGUGCAAAGACUCUGCAGUAUCCCAGUUGGCCAAGUCACUCUUUGCAUCAGUGCCGUGUCGGACACCCACAAUGGCUAUAGCCUCUCAACCACAGAAUUUUUGUAAUGUGACCGGAGAAGGCAAUAGAUUCCAUGAUAUAGAAACCCUGCAACAGAGUGCAUCUCGUAGCUCUCGCCUCAGAACAAUUGUCCAGUUCAAGUUUGAUGCUCCAUCUCCAGAUGACGUCGUCUCCUCUCGCUUAAAUUCGACCAACAAAGGAUCUACAAGUGCGCCCCCAGGGUUUCAUGUGCAGAAUGCAGCCAUAACGACACAGUCUAGUGCAAGACAGGAUAACAAUUCCAUUGCAUUUAAAGAAAGAACUACCCCAGAAGAUCAGAGUCAUGCCUCAACUUCAAAUUUCUCAAGGAACACUGCUAUGGCUGGGGGAUCACUAAGCUCUACAAGAUCUGAAAAUCCCCCCGCGAGGGACCCAAAACUUAAACAUAGUAGCUUAGGAGGGAGUAGCACUCUAGCAAAUGGAACAGAAUCCGAAAGUCUUGCUAGUGGCUUGGAUAAUAUAUCUUUGAAUAAGAAACAUGGAACCUCCAAAUUUGUUAUUCCUAAAAAAACUCUUUCUCAGUACAAACCUGACAAAUGGAUGCUACCUGACAAAGAAGAUGGUGUAAUGGCUCAACUUAAUCUUGCUAUUGUUGGCCAUGUUGAUUCUGGAAAGUCAACACUGUCAGGAAGAUUGUUGCACCUCUUGGGCCAAGUAUCUCAAAAGCAAAUGCAUAAGUAUGAGAAAGAAGCCAAACAACAGGGGAAGGGAUCAUUUGCCUAUGCUUGGGCUCUGGAUGAGAGUGCUGAAGAAAGAGAACGGGGAAUAACCAUGACAGUUGCUGUUGCAUAUUUUGACACCAAAAGGUACCAUGUGGUUGUGCUAGACUCACCUGGACAUAAAGAUUUUGUCCCUAAUAUGAUAUCCGGCGCAACCCAAGCAGACGCUGCGGUUCUCGUUAUAGAUGCUUCACUCGGUGCGUAUGAAACGGGCAUGGAUAGUAUUGGUGGACAAUCACGAGAGCACGCACAACUUAUCAGGAGUUUUGGUGUGGAUCAAAUUAUAGUUGCAAUUAACAAAAUGGAUGUUGUGGGAUACUCCAAGGAACGUUUUGAAUUGAUCAAGAAUCAAGUUGGUUCCUUUCUUCGUCAGUGUGGUUUCAAGGAUUCUUUCAUCUCAUGGGUUCCUUUGAGUGCUAUGGAGAAUCAAAACUUGGUGGCUGCUGCUUCUGAUGUACGUCUGAAUUCCUGGUACAAGGGACCUCAUCUUUUGGAUUCAGUAGAUUUGCUCCGUCCUCCUAGGAGAGACUAUGAGAAGCCUCUGCUCAUGCCCAUUUGUGAUGUCGUGAAGACGCAUACAAUGGCGCAGGUUUCAGCGUGUGGUAAGUUGGAGGCUGGAGCCCUUCGAAGUGGAUGUAAGGUUCUAGUUAUGCCCUUGGGAGAUAUGGCGACAGUACGUUCCAUUGAGUGCAACUCGCAACCUUGUGCCAUCGCAAGAGCGGGAGAAAAUGUUGCUGUUGUUCUACAGGGCAUCGACGUUAGUCACGUGAUAGCAGGGGGUGUACUGUGCCAUCCAGAUUUUCCUGUUAGGGUUGCAUCUCACUUGGAGUUGAAGAUUCUUGUCUUGGAUGUAAAAGUCCCGAUUUUGAUAGGUUCUCAGUUGGAAUUCCACAUCCACCACGCGAAAGAAGUAGCUCGAGUUUUAAAAAUAGUGUCGUUGCUCGACACCAAAACAGGGAAGGAGACAAAGAAGGCACCCCGCUGUCUUGUAGCAAAGCAGAGUGCUGUUAUAGAGGUAGCUCUACAACAAGCGGUUUGCGUUGAGGAUUUUUCCAGUUGUAAAGCUCUUGGACGGAUCUUCCUGCGUUCAUCAGGAAGAACAAUAGCUGUAGGUGUUGUGACUCAAGUGAUGGAAGACUAAAUAUAAUACAAACAAUUUUCUUGGCUGUACAUUAUUAGUAUAUCACUUUGUCCAAAUAGUAGUUUGUAGGUUUUAGGCGAGUUAAGUGCGCAUAGAAAAUGAGAGUAUUCCCCUUGGGGCUUUGGCCUUUGAGGGUUAUUUUUGGAAGUCAGUUUAUACGAGGUGUAAGACACCAUACUACUACUGAAAUGACAUACAGUGUAAUUUCUAUAGGAUAACAUCCCAAUUUUUCUUCUGUAAUCAUCACCUGGUUGAUGUUAUUCUAUGUUGUAAUUCUAAUAUCUCAGUUUUGUUUCACUGUUUAUACUUGAAAGUUAAUUCAAUAUUUGAGGACUUAUUUGUUUUUUC